UCAAGGCGGGAAUUUAUUUAUCAGAAACUACACGAGAGUUUUUACAGGCUUAAGUGUGUCUCGUUAUACGCUCACAACUCGCGUAAAUCAGUUGUUUGCUCAUUAAAAUCCUAUAAUCUCUAAGCGUUUGAACAUUUAACGUGAAUUUCGGAAGAUAUGAAUGAGACGGAGCUAGAAAUGAACCCCAAAUCCGUCGUUGAUGAUGCCCACGUCAAAGUUACGCCACGACAAGGGGGCGUGUCUUUAAGAAGAAGGCCUUCAGAUUCCAGAUGUAACGCCAGGAGCGUCAAUUCAGGUUUUAAAUCUCCAGUUCAGAAGCCCAAUGUGGUGAAAUCUCCAGUGUGUCCUGAAGAAGAAGUCAAAGAACUCAAGAAAACACUUGAUCGGCUGGAUUCAGAGAUUGCCUUGUUGGAAAAAGAAGGAUUUGUUGUACAAGAGCUGGAUCAACACAUCGACCUGCUGCACGAAUACAAUGACAUCAAAGACAUCGGACAAACUCUGCUGGGCAGAUUAGCCGGUCUGCGUGGAGUGACCACACGAGACUUGUACAGUCACUUCGGCCUCGAGUUGGACGACUGACUGAGCUUCUCAAGAGGAGAUCAAGUAACUGGAAGGCCUUGUAUAUUAUCCUUGUAUUUGUAGCAAAUACAACAGGUUGUUUUCUACAUGCAGUUGUGGUGGAUGUGAGAAAUUAUGGAUCAGCGGAAUUAGGAUGCUUAAAGGAAUAGUUCAGCUAAAUGUGAUAAUUUUCUGAAAAUGUACUCACCCUCAGGACAUCAAAGAUGUAGAUUAGUUUGUUUCUUCAUCAGAACAGAUUAGGAGAAAUUUAGUAUUACGUUACUUCUCACCAAUGGGUCCUCUGCGGUGAAUGGGUGCCGUCAAAAUGAGUCCAAACAGCUCAUAAAAAACAUCACAAUAAUCCACAAGUAAUCCACUCCACUCCAGUCCACAAGAUAACAACUUGUGAAGAGAAAAACUGCAUGUUUGUAAGAAACAAAACUUCAAACUGUUGCUUCCAGAUAAUAAUAUUGCUUUCUCCAGUGAAAAAGUUGUGUGAAUCAGGGGAGAAAUAUGCACAGAUCAAGAACAGUAUACAAGUGAAAACAAUCCAAAAGAGUUCUAAACAAAUAUCUGGGUGGAUUUUAAUGUGAGAUUUUGAGGAAUUUUUGGCUGCACUAUUCCUUUAACUCUGGUUCCAUGAUACAUAUAAACCUUCAAAGAAAUGGAAAGGCUUCUGUCAACAUUUUGAGAAGAAUUGCCUCAAAGUUUAUCUCAGCUCCUGCACUGUGCACGUUUUUCCUCACAUUGUGUUUGUGCCUAAAGCAAGGUGUUAUUGUUCAUGAGACAGAUUGAAAAAUGUGCCUACGCCCAUGAACUUGUCAUCCAAAUUUGGUGAAUUAAAAGAUUUGUUACAUUGCUGUCAUCAUUUACUAACCUAAAUGUUGUUUCAAAACAUGACUCACAUUCUUACUGAAUCCCAAAAUGAGAUUAGAUUAAACUUUUUUUGGGGAAGAAUAUUCACACAACUGUUUAGACUAACACAGCCAUUUGCAUUGUAUAGAAAAGAGCAGUAUGAAUGUUUUUCGCAGUUUCGCUGUCAGUCAUAAAGGUUUGGAUCAGUGUAAAUAGUUAUACAAUGAGCGUUUAAUGAGAAAUUGACGUUGUGUCGAGUGUACGACACUAGGAGUCCAAACACCUCUGACAACACUGAGAAAAGGCCAAUGAAAUUGGGUGUGCAGAAGUUGCAUAGCUGGCCACGCCCCGGACAUCCGGGUAUAAAUAGGCCAGCGUGGCAUCUGCUCACUUGUUUUAUUCUUCGGAGCCGAAUGCAGCGUCUCUCUGUGAGAAACAGCAUCAUUCACCUCUUCAUCGUUGGAUCUAUGGCACAAGCAGCGGUCGCUCCCUUCUCAAACAUAGAUAAGUGUUGUGAGAGUUCCCCUGGGUGCUUCAACAGCGAUCUUGAAGAGCAAAUCUUCCUCCUAAAAGAGUAAUUUCUCUAAAAGAGCUGGCGCGGUUGGGAUUGUGUAUUGAUAACUAUGCCUUUCCUUCCGUGCCUUUCUGGUUGUGGCUUAUCUCCCCAAACUUGACGUUUGAGAUCAAGAACUGGUUAGCAUCUAUACAGGGUAUGUACGCCCUGUGUUAGAGUACGCCGUUCCUGUUUGGCACAGUUCAUUGACUAAUGAUCAAGUUAAAUUGUUGGAAUGUGUGCAGAAGCGAGUCUGUAAAAUCAUACUGAGUCAAAGUUACCAAGGAUAUCCCGACACCCUCUCCCUUCUUGGAUUGUGUCCACUAGCAGAGAGACGAGUCCAACUGUGUCUUGAUUUUGCUAGAAAGUUACACAAGUCUAGCUUUAGAGACUGGCUACCACCACACAGGGAGCAGUUGACCGGACGCCAGACAAGGAACUCAGAUAAACUGACAAUCCCCAGGUGUCGAACAGAAAAAUACAGGAGAUCACCUGUUGCCUAUAUGUGUAGACUUUUAAAUGACUAUGGACUUAAAAAAAAAAAAACAAUGUA